AAAUCAUGAUCAUAUUUAGCUAUGGCUCUGAUACAAUGUGAAGACCUUAAAAUCGAAUGUGAAGAAAAUGAUAGCGACACUUUAAAAUCCAAAAACAUAUAAUUUUUCUUUGUGAAAAGUGGUGGUCUCUGUUUACGAAUUUUAUUGAUAUUUGCAGAUCCUAAUAAAAUCAUGAUCAUAUUUAGCUAUGGCUCUGAUACAAUGUGAAGACCUUAAAAUCGAAUGUGAAGAAGAUGAUAGCGACACUUUAAAAUCCAAAAACAUAUAAUUUUUCUUUGUGAAAAGUGGUGGUAGCCUCUGUUUACGUAUUUUAUUGAUACUGACAAAAUCGUGAUCAUAUUUAGCAAUGGCUCUGAUACAAUGUGAAGACCUUAAAAUCGAAUGUGAAGAAGAUGAUAGCGACACUUUAAAAUCCAAAAACUUUUUAUUAUUUUAUAUUUCUUUUUGUACACUUCUAUGUGAAAUAGAUAAUUAUAGACUUGAGACUUAAUGGGUUGAGUAAGAAUCUGUGCUAUUUUAACUCACCAUCACUAUUAUUAGCGUGACAGUCACUGAAAUUCGCUGACGAUCGUUAUAUGUAUUGUAUUGUAUCCACUUUACUGCUUCCCCUUAGGGUUACACUUACUCGUCUUACACACGAUCGUUAUAUGUAUUAAUUUAUACAUAUAUAUAUAUAUAUAUAAAGAUAACGAAUUAUAAGAUAAUGAAAUUUGACAUUGAUUUAAAAUCCUGUUCUUUAUCUUCGCCGCUACUUAUCAUACAUAUUAAGUUCUUGUUGGACAUGUUUAGAGUAGACUAUAUUAUUUAAAAACAAAUCACGGAUGAAUGAAAGAAAAUAAAAAACUAAUUACAAAUUUAAAUAAAUAAACACUGAUACGUAUACAGCAAGAAUGCAGCAAGAAUGUCUGUAUGAGAUAACUAACGAUCCGAUUAAUUAGCGGCAGCUUAAUUGAGAAUGAAUUGCAUUUUAAGAACAUGAAAAUAUCGAAACAAUUUGACGAUAUGUAUUCAGUUGUUUAAUCGGUUGCUAGGCCAACAAAAAUCUUGUAAUAAACAAAAUUUGGUAUCAUGCGGUCCGGAUACAAUAUCCGGAUCCAGUUCAAUUUCAUUAUGUUGUCUGUUGGAUCAUUGGAUCUAACAAUGUUGUAAUAAUUUCUUCUGAACGCUAAACACUCAUGUCCCAUUAAACUUUUUCUUAUUGUUCGUUACAUUAAUUUCUCCUUUUCUUUUAUUAAAUACUAAUACAUCAUUCUCGGUUUGAACUCAUUUUGUUUUUCAGCGGAAGCAGUUAAUGAUGCAUCAUGACUAGUAAACAGCAUCAAAAACAUGACGCCAAUCGUGUCAUUUUUAAACAGUAAUAUGAUUUGUUUUUUUCUUCAACGAUAAUUGCAUUGACUUUUAACUUCCAGUAUCUUAUAAUAGAAGCAAUAUACCAGUGUCAUUCAAUAAGUAAAAAGAAGGUUCUAGUUAACACGAUAUCUAAAAGAUACGAUACAUUCAGUAUCAAAAAUUUACAUCUGUCACCGAUUACAAUAUUUAUGAACUUUGAAACCACUUACGAAGACUUUGGUUAGAAAGUAAGAAUAACAAACAUUAUUGUAAUUUUAUUAAUUAUAAAAAGAAUUAAGGGGGCCAGACAAACAGAUUGAGCCUUUUUCUAAGGGCUUAUUUAAAAAAAACGAUUAGGUAUAAAUAAUUUCACUUCUACGCGUUUCACUUUUAUGUUUUGGUAGCUUAAAAUGUAUACGAAUGCAAAUUUUUUCGUAAAAUGUUGUCAAACAACCACGUAACGAGCACUUAAAUAAAUAGAAAUUAUUUUUAUUUUGCAGUGAUUUCUCAUCUUCAGAUAAAGCCAAUCGAAUUUGCACUGAACCUAUUUAAAUAUUAAAAAAAUUCAAAAUUAUGAAAAUAGCGCAUUAAACACGGAAAAUGGAGAUUUUAAGGUAAAAAGCUUGUCAUAAAUAUUUACAGGUUCAUAUUGAGAUUCAAUGUAUACAAACACCUCCGACUUCCGCGUUCGACAUUUUCAUCCCCCAAAAUACUUAUUUCUCUUUGGCAUUUAAUUUCUAACUAGUAUUAAAUUCGAAAAUAAAAAUUGCUUUUUCAAAAUCGAUUUUCUGACUGCCUGGCCCCCUUAAUAAUACUCAUUUAAGAAUUUUUCAAAUCAUGCAGGAUCCUUGAAAUCUUUCGAAACCGUAAAUUAUUUUCAUUUGCUUUGCUUGCAGUCAUUUAACAACUCUAUUUAUAAAAUGGAAAACAUCGAUAUGUUUAAAUUUCCAUAAUUCAUCAUUUUUUAAUAUUACUCUUGCUGCUAUUUCAGUAACGAUUACGACCACGUAAAUGUACUCAUUUGCAAAACGAGUUUGUUCGUACAACUGUAGCUAACGUUUUGCUUGGUAGCAGAUGAGAAAAAUGAACUUCUACCGUGCUCGUCGCCAUGUAUUAACCGCCACGUAUUAACUAGAAAAUGUCCAAUAGACCAAGUCCCGAUUGGAUCGUUCAGAAACUGUAAAUAUUUAACAGGAUACAAUUAACGCAAGUCCCAAUGACGAAGAUAAUGCCCGGUAAAAAAGAUACGACGUAUCGUUUCUUACGUGGGCAUCCUGUAUGACUUCGAAUUACCGAUUUCUAUACGAGAUACACAUCCUGUACACGCAUGCACAUCAAACACCUGCGAUUGUGCAACGGGCCGCGUUUACGCCUAGAUUUACUUUGCUCGCUCUCAUGUUAUCGUGAACAUAACCACGGGACACCUAACCCUUCUGUAAACGAUCAGAAACCGAGGCUUUAUAAGUAACCGGUCGAUUUUUACGGCCAGUCCUUCCGUCAAGAAUAUCCCUGUGACACGCAUCAUGGAAACGCGAGUGUGUCUUCGUUGUUCCGCGAUGUGUUACUUAGCGUACGUUACGUGGGCGACGAUUUUUGUUGCCGCGACCACGGUGGAUUCCGUCACGAUCCUCGAGGAAGACCUGACAGCCAAUCUGAAAAUCCUCAGGCAGAACGUAGAGACGAACGACGAGACGCGACGAACGAAUUUCGAGUUCCAAACGGAACUGCCUUAUUGGAUCGCGCCGAUCGGGAAUCGGUUCACGAGAUUUUUCGAGAAAUCCAAACAAUCCACCGACCAGGGAACUGUACUUUUCCCCACGGACGAAUGUUCCAGGUGAAUUAUUUGCGACAAAGACGCGUGAUAGCUCGCGAAAUUGAUCAAAUAGUUUCUAGUACUCUUGGAUUACAGAUUUUGUUAAUACGGUUAAUAUUUAACCACUUAACAUUCAUGCCCGAGUCUGACUGCUUUGAAAAACGAUAUUUGUUUAAUCUAACGGUUUAAGGGAUGAUAAUGUUUUCUUUCAAAUUAUACGUUAGAUACAUUGUAAUUAACAAAAACCGCAUUUUUAGAAACAAAUCCAAUAAAGAAAACUGAUCAUUCUUGGAUAACCCGGAAAAUAUGGGCGUUAAGGGGUUAUGGAAAUAAUGAGAGGAAUGAAAAAAAAUUUGUCUGCAAUUUGAGAGCAUAUUCUUAUACUUCUAAAAGGGAUCAAAUAUUGAAAACAGUUUGAAAAAGAAAAAUUUAUAAAUAUACUUCUAGACCUAUUACACGAGAAUCCUCCCUUGAUAAAAUUGUUCUUAUAAUAGUAAUAUCGUAAUUUAUUAGUAUAGUUAGUAUUUAAGCAAAUAAUAAAAAGAAUCUAUAAAACAAAAUUGUUCUGCAAUUUGAAAGUAUAUUCUCAUACCUCUAAAAAGGAUCAAAUAUUGAAAAUAGUUUGAAAAAGAAAAGUUCAUAAAUAUACUUCUAGACCUAUUACACGAGAAUCCUCCCUUGAUAAAAUUGUUCUUAUAAUAGUAAUAUCGUAAUUUAUUAGUAUAGUUAAUAUUUAAACAAAUAAUAAGAAGAAUUUAUAAAAGAAAAAUAUGUCUGCAAUUUGAAAGUACAUAUCUUCUUAUAUCCUUAAAAGGGAUCAAAUAUACAAAAUAUUUAGACCUAUUACACGAGAAUCCUCCCUUAAGGUGAGGGACUCAUGUAAAAUGGUAAAACGAGAAGUGAUAUUUGACAAUUUUUUUCCAGCAUAAGAAUUUGAUAAAACUUUUCGCCACUUUCCACAUAUAUUCUUUAGCAUUUCAAGAUACAAUUAUAAAUUUUUCGUUAUGUUUUAUCGACUUUGGAUGAAAUAAUAAAUGUUAUUCCUUAUAUCGACGACGUUGAUCUAGCAUUUUUUUCCUUUAAUCUAGAAUAAAAAAUCAAACGAAAUUUUGUUCAUAAUAAUACUACGCAUCGUAUGAACUAACAUUCUUCAUAAUAAUAAUUAUUUAAACUAUGUUUUUUGUAUAAUUAAAUUAGAAAUUUAUUGCAAGAAUCAUUUUUUUUGUGUUUAAAGCCAUGUAUCUUCGAAAAGUUUAAAUUUUUAAGGAUAAUUUUAGCUCAUAGGACCCGUAUUGCUAUUAUAAUCAAAAUGUUCGAUUUUUUCAACGCCUUCGACAUAAGGAAUAACAUUUAUUAUUUCAUCCAAAAUCGAUAGAACAUAACGAAAAAGAAAAAUAUUUGUAUAUGUGGAAAGUGACGGAAAGUUUCAUCAAACUCUUAUGUUGUAAAAAAAUAGUCAAAUAUCACUUCUCGUUUUACCAUUUUGCAUGAGUCUCCCCCCUUAAUAAAACUGUUCUUAAAAUAGUAAUAUCGUAAUUUAUUCUAAAGGUAUUGCAUCGGACGGGGUAGCAACGUGGAUGAGGAUAAUUUUCAAUACAUCAACAUCUUUUGGUCGAGUAAUAGCACCGACUCACUUGGUAAGAAAAUAUUAGAACUAAUAAUGUAAAGCAUUAUAUAAACUUUAAUUACGUACAUGUAUUAUGUGCAUGCCGCCAUUGAUCUUCAUUGAUCUUUGAAUCACCUAUCAACAGAUAAGCCUGCAAUUCUGCCACGUUGUAUAUGUAUGCUCAUAGAACGAUUUUAAAUUGAAUAUCAUGAAUUAAAACUUCCCUUAAGAAAAAGAAUUUUAACGAGAACCACUAUUAAACAGAGCGUAAGAUAAAUCAAGUUAAAUCUGAGGAAAUAUUUCAGAUAAUCCCCUACCGAAAGGUCACUUGCAAUUGACCAUGCCAGAAGUAAGGUGGACCAACGAACAAAAUUCAAACAACGUUCCCAGAAAAUGUCAGAUUUACCUUGACCUCGAUUGCGAAAUCGCUGAAACGGAAACCGAUACGAAUUAUAUAAAAAAGGAACUCCACGCGAAUAUACAAAGUAACAAAGAAAACAAAAGAGAAUCCGAAGGAGCCAGCAAACCUAAAUUUCGAACGCCUGUCGGUAUAAUUAUACUCUCGAUCUCGUUUCGUAGUUAUUAAAUACCAAUCAAACGAAUCGAAUCGACUCUUUUCCAGAUAAAAGUGGUGGAGAAAUGUAACUUGAGCGAAGCCACGGAAACGAAAUUCAUCGUCGACGGCAGGAUAAAUCGAAUUAUCGUGAACGUAGAUGGGAAUAUAUCGAAAGCAGUGCUUCGGAUACCAACGAACGCAACGUGGCUCGAAACAGUGAUAUCUUGGACGCGUAGGGGUGGCGCGGACGGAAUGAAAAUCGACGCGCGCAACGCGCCACCUGGCGAGUGGCGGAUGAACCUCGUAGGGGAGGACAAUACAAAAUACCACUUCACGCUGGAGGGUCUGGCUGAAAAAGCACACCGCGAAACGAGGGACGAUCUGUUCUUUCCGGAUCCUCGAUCGAACGAAAACUUAAACAGGGUACCAAUUACGAAAUACCGUCAAAAUAUUGAAAUGAGAGAUGAUAUAAAAUUGAACAACGAUAAAACGGCCGAUGAUUUGUCAAAGGGAAUCAUAACACAACAACAAAAUUCAAAUGCAACAAUCAGCUAUGAACUAGAUGAUGAUAGAAAAAUUAAUCGAUACAGGUCGCUGAAACAUGAAUCGUUCGUAGAAGAUUUAAAUAACGAAACGUCGCUGGAGAAUUCUGACGAUGAGGAUUCCUCCACAUCCUCCAACACUGAGAAUGUACUGGCUACUUUUGCGAUUGAUGACGGGCACGUAACUACUUCGAAUUAUCCCAGUGACAAUAAACACUCUUCCGGUGGAAUUUUUUCAACGGAGAACCGGCAAGAAAUCCGUGCAAGAUCUUCGGUUGGAUCGAGCGAGAAUGUCGAUAACAAAAGGCCAGCAAUAAACGGCGUUAGUAUGUCCAUGAAAAUAAUAGAGAGUUUGGACAAUCGAGAAUCAUCCGAGGAGAUGGUGAACUACGAGAAUAAUAUCGACGAGAAAAAACUGCUCAUAGAGCUGAACAGAAAUUCGAAUUUGAUUGCCACGCCUGGAACAAUACACAGAAUAGUUUUCGACGCGACGAAUAACUGCGUUUUACCUGUCAGAUAUGGAUUCAGAGUGAAGAGUACGCCUUUCAGAGUGUACAACCUACAACCCACGUAUGCUUGGAUAUAUCCAGGGCAAAUGAGUAAUGUUGCUGUAGACUUGAUUAUACCCGAUAAUGCUGCACCGGAUACAGCUAAUACAGUUACGCUAUCCAUCCAGGGCACAGAAAUCAAAGAUAAGUCUGUUUACCUGCAUGUUCAAGGUUCGCUAUCAAAGUUAACCGACGAUGUGAAACCAAAGCUCGAAUAUUCUUUCAAUAACAACUGCGCCGGAAAAUUGGAAAAGGGUCGAUGCUACAAAUCACGAUGGAGUAUGGACAUUACAAUUCAGGAUUAUGAUUCAGGUUUAAAACGUGUAAUUGCGUCGCCUAAUGAAAUUUAUCCGCGUACAAAAUUUAUUAGUGGUACAAGAAAUCCUGUAACAUUUUAUUACUCUGCUACAUGUUGCGAUACGACAGCUAAAAUUACAGGGAUAGAUUUGUUGGACAAUUAUAACACUGACACAAUAGAUGUUACAGUAUGGAACAACUUGUCAGAGGCAGAGAUAGCGGCUAUUACAGUGGGAGUAUUGCUUGCCGUUUGCCUCAUCAUUUUUGUUAUUAUUUUAAUAAUAUAUUGCAUUCGAAGAAGGAAAAGUCUGGACUUGCCUUAUACGCAAAGGUAUGGAUCAAGACCGCCUGCACAUGCUGAAAGGACUAGUUUCUAAUUUAAUAUUUAAAUUAAUAAAACAUAUAAAAAUUAAUUCUCUAUCAAAUAUGUGAUUUCAUUAUAUCAAUGUAGA